AUGUGCACCUUCGUGAAUGGUCUCUUUCUUACUCGCAACGGAGAAAAAGCCCUGCGACAAGAUGGCAGCGCACGGAUUUCAGAUGGAUCAUGCAUUCAUCCCGACUGUGUCAUCUACAAUAGUAUUAUUCACGGCUUUUGUCGUUUGGGUCAAGUGAAGGAAGCAGUAGGUUUGUUCAAUGAGAUGGUAUUGAAAAGUAUGAACCCAAAUGUUUAUACCUUUACCAUGUUGAUGGAUGUCCUGUGUAAGGAUGGAAAAGUGAGAGAAGCUAAGAAUGCGUUGGCUGUGAUGAUAAGAAGAGGUCAAAAACCAGAUGUUGUUACUUAUAAUACUUUAAUAGCUGGCUAUUGCCAAGUCAAAGAAGUAAAGAAUGGAAGACAUUUAUUCAACUCGAUGAUCCGAGCUGGUGUAACACCUAAUGUACUGAGCCAUAACAUAUUGAUUAAUGGAUUAUCCAAGACGGGAGAGGUCUUUGAAGCCACGACUCUCCUAAGACAAAUGCAACGCAGACAUAUAGUUCCAACUACAGAAACUUACAAUUCUCUCCUUGAAGGUUUGUGCAGGACUGAAAAUAUGCGUACUGAACAUGUGUAUGAAGCCGUGAAUCUCUUCGAAGAAAUGCAUAUGGAACAUAUUGCUUCGGAUACAGUAACUUACACUUGUCUUAUCUAUUGUUUGCGCAAAUCAAGAAGAAUUUUUUAUCUCCAGGAGCUUAUUCGUAAAUAG